GUGUUGUUGGAGGAGGAAAGGAAACUGUGUGGCGAAGUCAGAUAUCUAAAAGGAGGUGUAAUUGCUACUUUAGAAAACAACAACAUCCUUCACAUAACGUACGAAGAAACCAACUAAGGAAAGCCAUCUGAGUCCAUCGUUUUUAAAGCGGGGGCCGACAUGUCUGAAACAUACGACUUCCUGUUUAAGUUCCUGGUGAUUGGCAGUGCUGGGGCAGGGAAAUCUUGCCUCCUCCACCAGUUCAUUGAGACCAAGUUCAAGCAGGACUCCAACCACACCAUCGGGGUGGAGUUUGGUUCCAGGGUGGUCAACGUCGGGGGUAAGACAGUCAAACUACAGAUCUGGGACACAGCCGGACAGGAGCGCUUCAGGUCUGUGACUCGUAGCUACUACCGUGGAGCGGCAGGGGCGCUGCUUGUCUAUGACAUCACAAGCCGGGAGACGUACAACGCCCUGACCAACUGGCUGACAGACGCACGGACGCUGGCCAGCCCCAACAUCGUCAUCAUCCUGUGUGGGAAUAAGAAGGACCUGGAUGCAGACCGAGAGGUCACCUUCCUCGAGGCGUCCCGCUUCGCACAGGAGAACGAGCUGAUGUUCCUGGAGACCAGCGCUCUGACAGGGGAGAAUGUGGAGGAGGCCUUCCUCAAAACUGCCCGUACCAUCUUCAACAAGAUAGAGUCAGGUGAGUUGGACCCAGAACGGAUGGGUUCAGGUAUCCAGUAUGGAGAUUCUUCUCUGAGGCAGCUGAGACAGCCCAGAGGUUCCACUGCACAGACCAAGCAGCAGUGUAACUGCUAGGGACUGGACCCCACCCUCACCCUUCAGCCCUACUCCCACACACACAGGAUGCCUCCUAAAGCACUAGGUGUUUUGGGAUGUGCAGGACUCCUCCCCUUCUGCAACCACCUAAACACUUACAGCAUACCUGGACCAGUCGCCAUGGAGAUGACCUGCAACCCCUGACCAUUGGUAAGAGACUAUACUUCCUGCCAAUGGAGGUUACCUGGGCUCCUGGGUCCUAGGCUGGGAGACCCUGUGGUGUGAACAUAAGAAGAGUCCAUAUCUGGGAUGACUGUCAUGGUCAGGGGUUGUGUGUAGGGGAUGUCCUGUUUUUACCCUUCCUUUUGUAGUUUUUAUCAACACACGCUUGCAUGCACACACACACACACACACACACACACACACACACACGAACACAAACAUAGACAGCACACACACCGCCUGUAACAAAGUCCAUAAAGGAUGAAAU